AUGUCGCAAGAGAGUAUACGUGUAAUUGUGUGUGGUGACGACAAUGUGGGCAAGUCAACGCUCAUAUCGGCUCUUGUUAAAGGCGAGUACAUCCCCAACAUUCAAAAGAAACUUCCUCCAAUAACCAUUUCCAAUGAAGACUAUUCCGAGUGUCUUAUAGAGCUCAUAUCCAAUUCGCCUGUCAAAGGAUCAUCUCGAAAUUCCAUCACCGAUAAGCGGGUUCUGAAGUACAUUCCUCACACUACUGUGCUUAUAGAUACCAUGUCGUCGGAUCUCGUUGGGCUUCAGAAGGAAUUGAAGCGUGGAGAUGUCAUCUGGUUGGUAUACUCAGAUCACUAUACCUACGAGAGAAUCUCAUUGCAUUGGAUGCCCAUGCUCAGAUCGUUGGGCGUGAACCUCCCGGUGGUACUAUGUGCCAAUAAAUGUGAUACGACUUUGGGUGAUGACACCAGCCAGAACUCCGACGAAUUUUUGCCGUUACUUAAUGAGUUUAAAGAGAUCGAGGCGUGUGUACGUUCCAGCGCCAAACAGAAUAUUAAUGUGGUGGAGGCCUUUUACAUGUGCCAACGUGCCAUCACACAUCCGAUAUCGCCUAUAUUUGAUUCCAAGGAAGGAAACUUGAAGCCGGCGGCUGUGGCAGCGUUGAAACGGGUGUUCUUUUUAUGUGAUAAGGACCAGGACGGGUACUUGAACUACCAGGAAUUUUCCAGCUUACACACAAAGGCGUUUGAAAGGACUGCUGAUAUAACCGAGUAUGAGAAUAUCCUCCGGACCCUUGACCGCGUGAUAUUCCCCGAAACGGAGCAGGAUGGACUACAUCCCGGCAUUUCGGAAGAUGGGUUUAUUCUCUUGAACAAGAUAUAUGCCGAAAGAGGAAGGCAUGAGACCAUCUGGGGCAUACUUCGGUCCUUCAGCUAUACAAACUCGUUGUCGUUGGACGAUAAGUUUUUGUUUCCGAAAAUCGAUGUCAACCCCGAUUCCAGCGUAGAGUUAAGUCCUCUUGGGUACCGGUUUAUGGUUGACCUCUUUGUCAAAUUCGACAAGGACAACGAUGGGGGACUCAGUGAAAAUGAACUCAGCAGCUUGUUCUAUCCAACUCCGGGGAUCCCCAAGCUUUGGAGGGAUUGCCAGUUUCCUUCUUCGAUUGUGUGUAAUGAGUCUGGAUAUGUCACCUUACAAGGUUGGCUUGCUCAAUGGAACCUCACCACUUUUCUUGACUAUAGGACUACGUUGGAGUACCUUUCGUACCUUGGAUUUGAUGAAGGAAGCUCUAUUAAAGCUUUACAGAUCACAAAGCCUAGAAAGAGAAGAAAAAAGCAAAAUAAGGUGUAUAGGCAGCCGGUUUUUGACCGGAAUGUGUUCAACUGCUUUAUCAUUGGAGCACCUAAGUCAGGGAAGACGUCUUUGCUCGAGCUGUUCUUGAAAGGUAACUACAGUGAAAUGUACUCACCUACGAUCCAACCUCGCAUAUGUGCAAAAGAUAUCGAAUUAAGAGGGGGAAAACAGUGUUAUUUGAUAUUAGAAGAACUUGGUGAGCUCGAGUCGGCCAUUCUAGAAAACAAAAGCCGUCUAGACCAAUGUGACGCCAUCUGCUUCACUUACGACUCGUCCGAUCCUAAUUCUUUCCAGUAUUUGAUUGAUUUGAGACUAAAGUAUGAGGACACUUUGGACGAGGUACCGUGUGUGUUUGCCGCCUUGAAAGCAGAUUUGGAUAAACAGCAGCAACGGGGUGAUAUCCAGCCCGAAAUUUACACACGGGACCUUUCCAUCAAUUCUCCGUUGCAUAUUUCUUCCAACUGGGCUACUUCUCUCAACGAGCUUUUCAUCCAAAUCGUCGAUGCUGCCACUAUGCCCAGUACCGCCACCGCCGGCUUGGAAAAGGAACCAGAAAAUAUCAAUGACGAAAAGUACAAACACAUUGUCCUUGCUGGUGGAACUAUCAGCAUUAUGACACUAGUAUCACUAUGGAUUUGGAGAAACCAUGCAAAGUAGACUGGUGAGUGUACCUGCACACAACCACCUGGCUUCUCGCAUCAAAAACCUCAUCUCA